AUGGAAGAUACUAGUCUGGAGAAGGGCCUCCAGCAGCCUCCAGCAGAGGCCCCCAAAGCCGCACCACCAAGUGUUCCAGAAGGCGGCCUCCAGGCAUGGCUGACAGUCUUGGGCGCAUCGGUUGCUCUUUUUGUCUCAUUCGGCUGGGUCAACUGCAUUGCACUCUUCCAGGCUGAGUACGAAACGAACCAGUUGAAGAACUACUCGAGCUCGGAUGUAUCCUGGAUCACGUCCAUGGAAUUUUUCUUCAUGCUUUUCACUUCCCCCGUGGCGGGCACCCUGUUCGACGGCUACGGCCCUCGCGUGCCUAUUGCAAUUGGAUCAGUCUUGCAUGUCUUUGGGUUGAUGAUGGCCAGUCUCUCCCAUAAGUAUUAUCAGUUCAUGCUGAGCCAGUCUGUGGUAUCUGGGAUUGGUUGUUCGUUGAUCUUCACCCCGGCCAUGAGUGCACCCCAAACCUGGUUUCGCCAGAAGCGGGGAAUUGUUGGGGGCUUGACAGUGGCAGGAUCGUCAUUGGGCGGCGUCAUUUUUCCGCUCAUGGUGCAGCAUCUGCUGCCACAGGUGGGCUUUGGCUGGACGAUGCGGAUCUGCGCCUUUAUGAUCCUGGGUCUGCUGGUGAUCGCCAAUCUCACGAUCUCGUCCAAUUUUUCACACGCACCACGUCCAUUCUCUGUGGUACGCUAUCUCGGACCGUUGCGGGAGCUCAACUUCGGCAUCCUGUGCACGGCUAGUUUUUUCAUGUACUGGGGACUGUUCAUUCCAUUUGAUUAUAUCGUCGUCGAAGCCAUCCACUACGGCAUGUCCUCGCACCUGGCGUGGUCGUUAGUUCCAAUUCUCAAUGGCGCCAGUUUCUUUGGUCGUACCGUGCCCAACUAUGUCGCAGACAGGAUCGGUCGCUUUAAUGUAAUGCUCGUUAUGACUACGCUGUCAGCUAUCCUGGUGUUGGCAUUGUGGAUUCCUGCCCGAGGCAAUGGCGCGCUCAUCACCUUUGCAACCUUGUUUGGUAUCACUUCGGGUGCGAUCAUCGGCCUCGGACCCAUCUUGAUUGUCUCCAUCUCCCCAAUGAACGAGUUGGGAUUUCGAAUGGGUACUGUCUUGGCCUUCGCUGCCGUGGGAACCUUGACCAGUCCGCCUAUUGGGGGCGCGAUUGCCGCCGACUCUGGAGGCAGCUACACCUAUACGUGUGUAUUUUCCGGCGUGAGCUUGAUUCUGGGUACCAUCGGCCUUGCUGCCUUACGCGUACGUCUUUCUGGAUGGGGGAUUGCUGCGAAGAUUUAA